AUGCAUUUCUUGACCUCGUCAUGUUUGUUCUCUGGACUCUACAUUGAACGUUCCACGUAUCGCGAAAGUUCUUUCCCAAACUCCAGUAUAAAAACAGCAACGAACAAAAAUCAACACCUAAAGCACCAACAAACACAAAAACAGCAGCAACAACAACGGAAGCAGCAACAACAGAAGCAGCAACAACAACAGAAGCAGCAACAACAACAAAAACAGCGACAACAACAGAAGCAGCAACAACAGAAGCAGCAACAACAACAGAAGCAACAACACCAACAGAAGCAGCAUCAACAACGGAAGCAGCAACAACAACAGAGGCAACAACAACAAAAACAGCGACAACAACAGAAGCAGCAACAGAAGCAGCAACAACAACAAAAACAGCGACAACAACAGAAGCAGCAACAACAGAAGCAGCAACAACAACAGAAGCAGCAUCAACAACGGAAGCAGCAACAACAACAGAGGCAACAACAACAAAAACAGCGACAACAACAGAAGCAGCAACAACAACAAAAGCAGACAUCCAAUGCCACACAUAGGACACCUGAUGCCACACCAUGGACACCCAAUACCACAACUAGGACACUUAAUUCCAUGCCUCGGACACUUGAUGCCACACCUUGGACACCCAAUGCCACAACUAGGACACUUAAUUCCACACUUCGGACACUUGAUGCCACACCUUUGACACCCAAUGCCACAAUUAGGACACUUAAUUUCACGCCUCGGACACCUGAUGCCACACCUUGGACACCCAAUGCCACAACUUGGACACCCAAUGCCACAACUAGGACACUUAAUUCCACGCCUCGGACACCUGAUGCCACACCUUGGACACCCAAUGCCACAACUUGGACACCCAAUGCCACAACUAGGACACUUAAUUCCACACCUCGGACACUUGAUGCCACACCUUUGACACCCAAUGCCACAACUAGGACACUUAAUUCCACACCUCGGACACCUGAUGCCACACCUCGGACACCUAAUGCCACACCUUGGACACCCAAUGCUACACUUAGGUCACUCAUGCAGUUUAAUAAAACCAGUGGUUGUUGA